AUGAGCCCCAAGAGGACAUUACAGAAGCGUGUCAAGGAAGUAGCUCUGAAUGCCAAGGGGGAUCCAUUUGCGCUGGCUUUCCAAGGCAAUGUUGUGAAUCAAGUGUUUGAACUUCGGGGAGAGCUUAGGUUGUUCCAGGAAGUGCAAGGGAAAGAUGAGCUAUUAAGUCACUUCAAUGAGGUGUUGUGGGAGCAACGUCUUGCAUAUUUAGCAGAUAUAUUUGAGCAGCUAAACAGGCUGAAUCUCAAGCUGCAGGGCAAGGACAGAAAUGUGUUUCACCUCAUGGAUUGCCUUCGUGCCUUUCUUGCCAAGCUCCAGAAUUGGCAAAGGAAAGUCAAUGCCGGAAAUGUUGCCAUGUUUGAGAAUCUUUCAACUGUUCUUGAUGAGAAUGAAGAUCAUCUGCUUGAUCCAUCACUCAAAACUGAAAUCACUCAGCACCUGAAAAUCUUGGAGAGUGAGCUCUAA